GGGGAGGGGCCGAGCCGGAGAUUCCCCUCCUCUCGUGCCCCGCGCGACCAUAUGUCCCCGUCCCCCGCCCCCCGCAGCCCUAACCACGGGGUGCGCCCAGGGCAAGCCGACCUCCCGCCCACCCAAGUGUUGCAAGGGACCGUCUGAGCUGGGAGCAGCCGCGCCAGCUGAGGAAGACCACGCAUUAUGGAUGCUGCUUGCAAGUCACUCUCGCAGGCGCUGACUGGUCCUGGCAAAUGAGAAUUGCACUCGCUUCCUCCGUUCCGUUUGCUGAACUGUAGCACACAUUCUGAAGCCUACAAUGGGAGCAUCUGUGGAGCUUGUCUUGUUUUCAUUAGCCGUCGUCUCUUUUACAGUGUUGCAGCCAGCAGAGAGUACUCUAAGAAACUAUGGGCCAAUCUUUGAAGAACAACCACGUAACAUCAUCUUUCCAGAAGGAUCAACAGAGGAGCAAAUACUGUUGGUUUGUCAAGCACGAGCCAGCCCUCCUGCGACCUAUAGGUGGAAGAUGAAUGGCACAGAGAUCAAAAUAGAGCCAGAUUCCCGUUAUAGGUUGAACGGGGGCAACCUGGUGAUCAGCAACCCAGUGAAAGCCAAAGACACUGGGUCCUACCAGUGUGUGGCAUCCAACUCGGUGGGCACAGUAGUCAGCAGAGAAGCUUCCAUUCGCUUUGGCUUUUUGCAGGAAUUCUCUACAGAAGAGCGAGACCCCAUGAGGGUUACGGAGGGCUGGGGGGUGAUGUUUACUUGCAGCCCACCUCCCCAUUACCCAGGACUUGCAUACCGCUGGUUUGUGAACGAAUUCCCCAACUUCAUCCCAGCAGACGGAAGGCGUUUCAUCUCCCAAAAAACGGGAAACCUUUACAUUGCUAAGACAGAGGCCUCUGACCUCGGCAACUACUCCUGCUUUGUCACUGGCCAGAUUGAUUCCAUUCAGAAGAGUGUCUUUAGCAAAGUUUCUCAGCUCAAUCUUCUCAGAGAAGAUUCCAGGCCGUUUGCUCCCAGCAUUAAAGCCAAGUUUCCUUCUGACACUUAUGCUCUGGCCGGGCAGCUGGUGGCUUUGGAGUGCUUUGCCUUUGGGAACCCUGUCCCUCGAAUAAAAUGGCGGAAGUUGGAUGGUAGCCAGUCCUCUGAGUGGAUCACAACGGAGCCCCUUCUACAGUUUAAGGAGAUUGGCUUUGAAGAUGAAGGCACUUAUGAGUGUGAAGCUGAAAAUGCCCAAGGAAAAGACACCUAUCGGGGCCGCAUCAUCAUCCAAGCUCAGCCAGAAUGGCUGAAGGUCAUCUCAGACAAAGAGGCUGACAUCGGAGCAGACCUUCGCUGGAGUUGUGCUGCAGCUGGCAAGCCAAGGCCUACCGUCAAAUGGCUACGGAACGGGCAGCCCUUAACCUCUCAGAAUCGCAUUGAAGUGAAUAGUGGGGAUUUGAGGAUUUUAAAGUUAACAAUGGAGGACUCUGGGAUGUACCAGUGUGUAGGAGAGAACAAGCAUGGCAGCAUUUAUGCAAGUGCUGAAUUGGCUGUGCAAGCCUUUGCUCCAGAUUUUCGGCUAAACCCCGUGAGGCGACUAAUACCAGCAGCUCGAGGCGGAGAAAUCAUUAUCCACUGCCAGCCAAGAGCUGCACCAAAGGCCAUUAUACUCUGGACCAAAGGGACUGAGCUUCUGAGCAAUAGCUCCAGCAUCACCAUCACUCCAGAUGGCACCUUGAUCAUUCGGAAUAUUAGCAAGUUAGAUGAGGGCAAAUACACCUGCUUCGCAGAGAAUUUCAUGGGCAAAGCAAACAGCACAGGAGUUCUCUCAGUUCGAGAUGCCACUAAAAUCACCCUCGCGCCAUCCAGUGCUGACAUUAAUGUAGGUGAAAAUAUUACCCUUCAAUGCCGUGCCUCUCAUGACCCAACAAUGGACCUCACCUUUACUUGGUUCCUGGAUGACUUUCUGAUUGACUUUGUCAAGUCCGAAGGCCACUACAAGCGAGCUAGUACAAAAGAGAACAUUGGAGACCUUUUGAUCUUGAAUGCUCAACUGAAACAUGCUGGUCGAUAUACUUGCACAGCUCAGACAGUGGUGGACAGUGCUUCUGAGUCAGCAUUGCUGGUUGUAAGAGGUCCUCCAGGGCCACCUGGCGGGCUGGUGGUGAGGGACAUCAAGGACACCACUGUGCAGCUGAGCUGGAGCCGAGGCUUUGAUAACCACAGCCCCAUUGCCAAAUAUGUCAUCCAGGCCCGCACUCCACUCUUCUCCAAGUGGAAGCAAGUGCGCACCAAUCCUGCAAAUAUUGAAGGUAAUGCAGAGACGGCCCAAGUGGCCAACCUCAUACCAUGGAUGGAUUAUGAAUUUCGUGUCCUGGCCAGCAACAUCCUUGGAGUGGGAGAACCCAGUGUGCCUUCUACCAAGAUCCGCACCAAAGAAGCUGCCCCUACUGUUGCACCAUCUGGGCUCAAUGGAGGAGGAGGAGCACCUGGAGAACUCAUCAUCAACUGGGCGCCAAUGCAACGGGAGUACCAAAAUGGAGACGGCUUUGGAUAUAGGCUCUCUUUUCGCAAAGAAGGCACUCAGGUGUGGAAGACAGCAAGCGUGCCCCAUGCGGAAUCCCUACAUUAUGUUUAUCGCAAUGAGAGCAUCGCACCCUAUACUCCCUUUGAAGUGAAGAUCAAGGCCUUCAACAGGAAGGGGGAGGGGCCAGAGAGCCUGGUCUCCAUUGUGCAUUCUGCGGAGGAAGAACCAAGAGUGGCUCCCUCUAAUGUUACUCUCAAGGCAGUGUCAGCCACAGAAGCAGAUUUUUCUUGGGAUCCCGUGGAGCAACAUGAAAUGAACGGAGUCCUUUUGGGCUAUGAGAUCCGGUACUGGAAACAUGGCGACAAAGAGGAGGCUGCUGACAGAGUGAGGACUGCGGGACUUGUCAACUCAGCACGUGUGACAGACCUCCAAGCCAACACCAAGUAUCGUGUGGCUGUCAGGGCUUACAACCGGGCUGGGACUGGGCCAGCCAGUCCUCCCACCAGUUUCAUGACUACAAAACCACCACCAAAAAGGCCACCAAGCAACAUUUCCUGGAAGUUUUCCAGCACCAGCAUUAGCAUCAAGUGGGAUCCUGUGGUCGCCAAUUCAGAUGAGUCUGCUGUCACUGGGUACAAGAUGCUGUACCAGUCGGACCCGCACUCAGCUCCUGUUCUGUACACAGCCGCCAAAAAUUGGAUUGAGAUCAUGGUUCCAGAAGACUCUACUCAUGCAGUGGUGCAAAUCAGGACGACUGGUCCAGGGGGAGAUGGAGUCCCAGCAGAGGUGCGCAUCCUGAGAAACAGUGGGACCAGUAUGAUGGUGCAAAAUUCUGCUGACCGUCCAGUGGCAAAUACAGUGGUUGCUCUGAUGUACUCACUAAUUCUGUCUGCACUAAUGGGUUGCUUGGAGCUCUGAUAACCACCCCCUGUUAAAGAGAGAUGUUGGAUUCCUCCUCAUCAAGCCAGUGAGCAAAUCAACAACUGACCAUUGGGAGUACAAAUUUCCACUACAACUAGUAGUAGAAAAGAACUCAAGAGAGAAAAAAUAUAUAUACUCUUUUCCUCCUUUUUCUUUUUUUAGAAAAUAGAAUAUUUCAUACAAGAUGCGAGUCUUUAAUCAGUCAGUGGUUUUUUUUAACUGAAGAAACAAAAGGAUGAAUUUCAUAUGAAUUCUGGAAACUGGCUGUCUCAUAUUACUGUAUUCAGUAGAUUCUUCUGCCUUACAAAGCCAUGUACAGAAGGAAACAGACUCUUAAAACUCAAUCUUGAACCUUGUUUUCUUUCUUUUUUUAAAUUACAGAAUAAACGCAGUAUCUUUUGGGGAGAGGUUUUCAAAGAGACGAGCAUGCUCUGUAUCAUUCCAGCCAGUAUUGAACUGACGACUCUUGGGUUCAAAGAUGAAGGAGAACUCACUGAGUGGCAGCAUUAGUCUAAUCACUGCCUUUCAUGGCAACCAACUGAAGUGGAGAAAGCUAAUGGUGAUGGACAAGCAUUUCCCACCCCAGACUUUAGAAGAAGCAAGCAGAGCUUUGUGAAUGGGUUGCCAAAAGUAGAAAAUUGAGGCUCACGGGUGGAACCAAAAACAUUAAGUUGCCUUGCCAUGUGGCUUCCACCCAGUAUGUGCUGCUUGUAAUCUUCGGUGCUUUGCCACACUUGGCGCAACACACAUGCAUUUACCACUUCUUGCAUUUUCCUUUGGUUUUCUUUCCUUCUCCUCCCCCUGCCCCACUUCACUAGGUGUUCUGAAGAGAAAGAGAUACCAGAGGAGCUUUUAUGUCAGGAGGGAAAGGUUCAGGGUCUGUCUAAAAGGACGUUUGAAUGCGGUAGACUGGAGGUGGUUACUGCAGAAGCCUCUUUCCACUUUUACAUAGUAAUAUCAUCUGCCCAAACUUCCAUUAACCUGCCUUGGGCCUGAGAGCAAAUUCAAUCUAUUCAGUUGUCAUGCCUUUCCACCUGUAGGAAAGUUCUCAGGUCAUGUGUGGUUGCCAAACCAAUAAAUAUUUGGAAAUGUUAUGCCUCUCAAUGCCUACUGAUCACUGUCAGAACUAAAUAGUAGAUCAAUCGAGCGCCUGAACUGAGACAUAAGAAUGCUGACAGACACCUUUUGUUUCUCAGAAUGUUCUUCAGUGAUUUAAAGUUUGUUCUUAGCUGGUUGAUCUCUCUUAGUGUGCUUUACAUCUUUCGUAAACUAAGGAAGGGGAAAAAACUUCAGCUCCCCAAACAGCUUGUAAGAAUGAACCAAUAAGAUCAGUGUAGGAAUCCUGUUACACACUAUAAAACACCCUUGUACUUUCCUGAACUCAGAAAAUAGAACACAUGCUUCCUGGGGCUACCCAGCCAGAUGGGUGGGGUAUAUUACUACUACUACUACUACUACUACUGAGCCCACAUAUUUUGUCUCUGAAGGGAAAUGUUUAAGGUGCAGGAGUUGCUUCUUUUAGCGACUGGACAACUUAUUCAGAUCUUAAACAUACAGAAAUGGCUUGAUGAUGGUGUUUUCCCCCUUGGUGAUGGUGUUCUUCAUAUUUCACAGUGUUGAAUGGAUGUGGAUAGCAACCCCUGUAGCUACUCUGUUGGCUGGAGAGGUGGUGAUUAACUCUGGCAACGUCUCCCAAUCUAAAUUUUCCCCAAGCCGUUAUCAGCUCUAAUAAGGGAGUAAAUAUAGGUACUUCACUCACCUUCAAAGGAGAAAGCUAGAGAAAGAAAAGGUUCGUUACAAGUCUAUUUUAUUGUGUCUGCUCCAGUCCUAAGAAUGUGAACUGUCCUCCAUAAUUUACAUCCUUUUUAGAAAUGUUAGUCUUAAAUUAUGUGCUAGCUUCCUCUUUUGAUGGAAGCUCUUCUGUUGUUCAAAUGCAAGUUAUAGCUAUGUUUUGUAUAUUUUAUGUGAAUUUUAGAGUUCUUGCUCUAUUUUUAUUGAAGGCUUGGUAUAUUUCUUGUUUGGAGUAGAUUGGUUGGCAUUAAGAGGUUUUGUUGGCAUUAAGGGAAUCUCUCCAACAUAUGAAGCAAAGUUCAUUCCCAAAUUGUUUGUAAUUAGAUACUGGGAAAUGAACCAGGGACCUUCUUCAUGUGGUCCAUGACUGUGGCUACUCAAGAUAUGUUACUCAGAAGCAUCAGGUGUGAGUUAUCUCUGCACAACACAUUGUGGUAUGCUAGGCUUAAAUUAGGCUAGAGCUUGGACCAGGAACCUAUCAAGUGAUCAAACCAAGUUGCCUUUGAAAAUGUGCAGCAUACCUUAACCUCUCCUCUAGAUAGCCAUGGAGUGGGAUCUGAUUAGAGGCUGCAGGUUCCAGGCAAGCUUGAGUUCCACCAUUUUGCUCUUUCAGAAAUUAAAUACUGGUGGCAGCGUUCAGAGUAUCUUUGGUUCUCUAGAUGCUGCUGGACUACCAUCAUCCCUGACCAUUGGCCAUGCUGAUUACUGAUGAUGGGAGUUGAAGUUCAUCAACAUCUGGAGGGCCAUAGGUUCACCAUACCUGUCCUCAACAGUGAGAGGUAAUAUAACAUGGGAUGGGAAAGGAAGUGUUCACCCAGCAAGCCAAGUCCUCCUGACAACCUGGGCAGAGAGGGCCAAGUGAUGAUGGCUGGGUGUUUGAAAAACUGAGCCUUGAUAUUUUGAUGCUUAAACAAGAUGCAAACUGAAAAGGGCGCAGAAACCUGUUUUCCAGUGGUCUUGUAUCACCUCCUCAACAUAGUCUGCUCUACUUUGGUAAUGUGGAAAACCUAAGAACUGUAGAGUAACUUUACUAGCAUUGUGUAUAAGUGCGAUGCCAAAAGUUUUACAUUUGCUUUCUGUUAAAAAUGGCUGCUGGCGGGAUACAUCUUGUUGCUCUGCUCAUCUCUGUUGAGUUUGAUGGGGUGUAGCCUUGUCUCUUUUCAAGGGCAUGAAAAGGCCUUUUUCCUUCACUAAGGUCUAUGAAUCCAGUCAGGGCCCUACCUCCUUGGCCAAGCUAGUUGUAUCUCAUCCCUCUUCUGCUCUUUCCCAGGGACACCCUUGGUUGUUCUCUCCUCCCUCUAAGGGGUGGGUGGGUGCCAAACCAAGCUGCCUUUUUUAAAAAAAACACACACACAAAAAUCUUUAUCCUGACAGAAGAAAGUGUUUAAGGUAUCCUCCAGCUUGCACUGGAGUGUUGGAAGUGGGGAUAAAAGAGCACAUUUUUAAGCAGACUGACCUUAUUUGCAUCUCCCAGGCUAACACAUGCCUAAUACGUGGAUUGGACCAUAGUUGACCUUCAAUUUUGCACUUCUUGGCUCGAAAUACAUACCAAAAUGUGUAAAAAUAAUAAUAUGUGUUUCUUAAGGAUAGAAUAGAUUUAGAAAUGCACACAUAGAUAUGAAAUACACAUUUAAAUAUGAUUUUUGUAAUAAAAAUACAUAUUUAAAUGAUAUUUAAAUAUGAAUUUCUGUAUUGAUUUUCAAUAAAUUGCAGAUUGAUAAAGCAGGAAGUGAUAGAUUUGUGAACGAACAUGUGAGAAACUGACAGAGACUGGAAAUAGACAGAUCUGCCUAUCUCACAGCGUUGUGAUUGGCUAAGAGACAUGAUCUGUAAACCAAGAGUUCCUUGAUACACAGUUUGCCUCUGCCAUGGAUGCAGUAGGUGGCCUUAGACAAGCCGCUAUCACUCAACCUCAGUGCCUCAUCUGUAAUAGGAGGUGUGAUAAUAAUACUGAUUUGCCUUUCAGGAUGAUUUGUAAGGAUCUCUGAGAUCAUGUACGAGGAGCACUUUGAGGACUCCAAAUUGCUACGAAAAUGUUAUUGUACUUUUCAGUUGCAUAUAUUGUUUUGUUGCAGUUCUUCCCUCCUGUUGACCUGAAGGAGUAUUUUGACAGCAGUGCGCAAACUCAAGUCAGGGUGUAUAGAAAAGCAAGCGGGAGAUUUUGUUCCACACAGGCAAAAAGGGAGAGGCAGACCGUGUCCCCUGCGUGGGCCAUAUAAGAGUGUUUCAUGCCCCUAUCUAAAAGCAUGCAAAGUAGGCAUUUGUGCAGUGCAUCAGUGUGUUUUGGUAGGCUGUAUUUUAGAAUGAGGGAAUUUCUCCAGAGAAGCAAAAAAGACAUCUUUGUUGGAUUCUAGCAUGCAAUCUAGAAUACUUCCAAUUCCGCUCAGCUUCAAACGAGGCUGAACCCUGCAGAGAACUUCAUGCCUAUAGCUGUGCUAAUGAAACAAUUUGUUAUAGUUUAUGUAAUGUGCAUAGAAUGGGAUAGAACUGGGCAUGCCAGAGACACUUUGCAAAUGUUAACAUUUCCUUGGGCUCAGGUGGGGCUCAGGCCAGGUAUCUUCAUUCUGAACUGCAUCCCUGGCAUAGUACUGGCAAAAUUCACCUGUGACACAUUGAUUGGAAAGGAUACCAGUUGACUUUUUUCCAUGAGUGUCACUCUAGACUUCAGACUUGCUGUUUAAAAUAAAGCAGUAUUUUAAAAUAUAAAAGUGAGACACGAUUAGGAUGUAUGAUAAAUAGCCCUGUGAAAUUACGUGUGUAUGUAUGUAUGUAUGUAUGUAUGUAUAUUUAUAUGUGCAUUUGUUUUUGAAUUUGUGUUAUUUCUUCUCAUGCAUUGAAAUAUAUUCUUUUUGUUACAUUUACAUUCAUACUCCAACUUACCAUGAAUAAAUAAAACUGCAGUACACGUUCA